UCCUCACUCAGACUUUUCCAAAUAAAACGGAUCCAGCUGUGUGCGGCUGUGCGCCAUCCGUGCGUCACACUCCUCUGCUGCUCAGUGUGCAGGGCAGACAGCAGGGUCUAGGAGAAAGGAAGAGAGAGGAAAGAUGUCCGGUAUCAUGUUUCUGUCGGUGUCUCUGAGCUUAAGCUUGUUGUGGGUGACCGGAGGCUCGGCGCGGAGCGGGACUGUGAUCCUGCGGGACGCACUGGAGGGGAACCCGGUCAGUCUCAACGACAUGUUCCGAGAGGUGGAGGAGCUGAUGGAGGACACUCAACACAUACUGGAGGAGGCUGUGGACCAGAUAACUACUGAGAGUGCAAAAUCCUCUCUAACAUCGCUGGAUCUGAUUCCUAACUUCCACAAUCAGAAAAACAGGACCACAAAGGAUGGAGACGGAGUGGUUCAGGUGCUCGAUAGAGUUGAUAAGGAAACUAAUAAUGAAACAGGAGAGAGUCAUCUUUCACACACCCACAUGGAGCUGUCUGGCCAGUGGAACUCAGUGGAUCACGAAUGCAUGGUGGACGAGGACUGUGGUGAUCUGAAAUACUGCCUGUAUGAGAUAAAGGACUCCAAGUGCCUCCCCUGCAUACCAACAGAUAUGCCCUGCACUAAAGAUGAGGAGUGUUGCUCAGAGCAGAUGUGUGUGUGGGGUCAGUGUACGGUCAAUGCCACCCAAGGAACAGAGGGAACUAUCUGUCAGGGUCAGAGUGACUGCAGGCCAGACCUCUGCUGUGCCUUUCAAAGAGAGCUUUUGUUUCCAGUGUGUAAUCCCAAACCACAGAAAGGGGAACUCUGUCUGAGCAACCCCAACCUGCUGAUGGACAUGCUGGCCUGGGACCAGGAAGGUCCGAGUGACCACUGCCCCUGUGCCGACAAUCUCCAGUGCCAACCUCACAGACGUGGAUCUGUCUGUGGAGAGUAGUACUGGAGAUGGAGAAGAGCAUGAGGAAGUUAUACAUAACCCUGAUCAUGAACUGCACUAACAUCCUUACUGUGCAUUAACCAAAGAGCAGCCCUCCUGCUGAGCAUCAGUUUAUUAAAGAACAAAAUGUUGUUUCAGGGCUGGACUUGCACUGUACUAUUUAUGCCUUACAAUAUGUUUACUUUAUAUCUUUAAGCCAAUAAAAGACUUGUUUUUAGUUCUGAGUGAAAACCAAGAAAAUCUAUAUUCUGGAAUACAAAUAUGUAAUAAGAGGGUAUAUCUCUGCCUCUCAACCCAUGACAGCUGGAUGGAAAUAUUUACUCGACAUGGAUGGAUUCUAUUUUUUAUUUUCUGAGUAAAUUAAAAAUCCAAAAUACA